GGAGUUUGCGCAAUAUGUUUUGCACGGCCCUGGCUGCUCGGUAGUGUCUGUUUGGUUGUUGUUGUUGUUGUUGUCACGUUAAGGGGGCAAAAGAAAGAAUUGACGAAGUUAACGUAAACCCGGGCCUGUCGCAUGAGGUUACUGGGUGAGCCCCUCCCUGCCAUGAGCGCUGACCACCAAGUCGCCAGCCCCCCCUCCUUCUGCAGUUGAUGGAUCUGCAGCUGGUCCAGAGAUGACAGACAGCGUCAGGGCCUUCUUCCGCAAUGUUGCGACGGGGAUCAAGGACUCCAUAUUGGGGAUUGGAACAAUCUCCAAGCUGGAUGCCCGCAUCCAGCAGAAGAGGGAAGAGCAGCGGAGGCGAAGGGCCAGCGGGGCCCUGGCACAGAGACGGGCACAGAGUGAGGAGCGCAAACCAGACAAUGACCCCAAAGUCGCCAGCAGGAUCUUUCAAUGCUGUGCCUGGAAUGGAGGAGUGUUCUGGCUCAGUCUGUUUCUCUUCUACCGGGUGUUUAUCCCACUCCUGCAGACUCUCACUGCAAAAAUCAUAGGUGACCCCUCCCUCCAUGGCAGCGUGUGGUCCUGGUUAGAGUUCUUCCUGACCUCCGUCUUCAGUGCUCUCUGGGUUCUCCCUCUGUUCGUCCUCAGCAAGAUAGUCAACGCCAUCUGGUUCCAGGAUAUAGCCGACUUAGCAUUUGAAGUGUCUGGAUGUAAAGCGCAGCCGUUCCCCAGUGUCAGUAAGAUCAUCGCAGACAUGCUCUUCAACCUUCUUCUCCAGGCACUCUUCCUCAUUCAGGGCAUGAUUGUUAGCCUCUUCCCCAUCGAUGCCAUCGGACAGAUGGUUAGCCUCCUCCACAUGUCGCUGCUCUACUCCCUGUACUGCUUUGAGUAUCGCUGGUUCAACCACGGCAUUGAGAUGCACCAACGGCUGUCCAACAUCGAGAGGAACUGGCCCUAUUACUUCGGCUUUGGUCUGCCCAUGGCUCUGCUGACCGCCAUGCCCUCCUCAUACAUCAUCAGUGGCUGCUUGUUCUCCAUCCUCUUCCCUCUAUUCAUCAUCAGCGCUAAUGAGGCCAAGACGCCAUCAAAGCUGUACCACUUCCAGCUGCGUCUCUUCUCCCUGGUCGUUCUGAUCAGCAACAAGUUUUUCCACAAGACGGUGCACCUGCAGUCCUCCCUGACGUCGUCCACCUCCUCGGAGAGGCUGUCGUCACCCCACACCUCCCCGACCCGCCAGAGACCUCUCCCCACCCAGUGAUGGAGCCGCUUGAAGGAGAUAGGAAAAGCCCUUUGUGUGGAAAAAAUGAUUCUUCCAGGCGGAUUUCCUUAAUUGAAGAUGUGACAUGUGGUGUAGGACAAAGGGUUUACAUCCAUCUAAUCUCUCUCCCUUUGGUUAUUCGUUUGCAGAGCCCACCAGACACAUUUUCAGUGUAACACAAAACAAUCGACUGCCCCGUGCCUCACUCUUAAAACACAUUAUAUACUCAGCUCUUGACUUGUUUUCUCUUCUCAUUUUUCUGUCAUUGUUUUCUUUUUUUGUAUAAUGUGCCAUUUUAGUGACUCUCCUUUUAGUAAAUUACAGCACAAGAAAUCAUUUAUUUUGAAUAUGUUUAAGCGAACGUGUGACGAAAGGAUUUUUUUAAACUGAAGGGGCUUGUUUGUAUUCAGAAGCAAAGCACAGUCUUGUUGUACCCACAGUACAUGGGUGCGUCUCGUUGCAAGUCACAUUCCUUCCUCGCAGAUUGAAUGUUUUGUUGCACAUGGAUGUGUUUUUAUGUCAAAUCAUGGUGUCCUAUCAGUUCUAGAAAUAACCUUGUAUAGUUAAAGAAAAAGGGAGGCUUUUUUAAUCCUGUAAGAGCUUUGUUUUUAGUAGAAUAUACAAACCAGCUCAGGAGCUGCUAAAAAAAAAAUAAUCAAGGAUUGGUGUCCUUAGUAAUGGAAACCAAGUCACAAAGUCACUCUUGUCGUGUGUUGAAUGAAGUUUAGCUUUUUGUCUCAUCCCAAAUUGAAUCUCACUCCACCGUCCGAUGAGAUGCGCAUGGUGACG